AUGUCCCUGGAAGAAGCUGAGGUUUGUGCCAUUUGCCUGGACGAUCUGCCUGGAGCAGAUCACGAGGUGGCCAGAGCAACAAGACAGACGCAGUGUCUGGCCAGAACCACGCCGUGUGGCCACUAUUACCACGAUUUUUGCAUCAAAUCUUGGGCUGAAAGGGCCAACAGCUGUCCAAAAUGUCGGUCAGUUUUUAACCUGAUUGAGGUUGUUUCCAACGGGAGUAUCCUGGACAAGAUAAAGGUCGAAGAUAAGAAGUUACCAGUGGAGUUUAAUGCCGAGGAUUUCGAGAUUCCAAUAGAUGAUUAUGAAUACGACCAAGAAGACGGGGAUUGGGUUCCGCAUGCUACCAGAUUUACCAUGUGCAUUUUAUGUGAUCAGCGAUGCACUUCGCGGACGGGAAUGGCGGUUUGUGCAGACUGUUCCGGGAGUUUUCACCUCAACUGUCUGGGAAUGUUAGGCAGUGGAUCAACCCACUGGAAUUGUCCAAUGUGCGACUCUUUGCAGGACUCUCAGACCAUCACACCAUCGCGAGGAACAAGGGCGGUGACUUUGCGCACCAAUAGGCGCUCGCGUGGGGGUUCCAGGGUCUCUGAGGUCACAGGACAAGUCCCACAAAGAUCAAGUUUUAUCCAGAGUUUGCGAAGAGAGAUAAGAAACAACAGAUACACCAACUUGGGACUUCCAGUUCCUUCGCGAAAUACGCGAGGUUCAAGAAGACGAAGCGGUUUUGCCGUGGGGCAGCCGCUUUCUGACGAUGCCACUAGUGCUGAUUUCGAUGCCGUGGUGGAUGCUACCAGGAGGUUUCGCGAACAGAGUGCAGUUCAGACUGAGCAGAAGUUGACUCAGGAAGAAAAAGAGUCUUGGAACAUGUGGGAAAGGGUUAAAAAGGGAGAGACUAGCAGGUCUACCACUCCCAUACCCAAUGACGAACGCAAGUUCAAAAAACCCAACCGGAAAAGAGCAUUACAGCCCAAGGCUCCUGACAUAAGAGCUUCUAUAAUGUCACCAUCAGUCUCAGCAUCAGAGAAUGGCAUGACCCUUCUCGAAAAACAGCUCAUUCAGAAGCUGUUCAUUCGUGAAAAGCUGAAGCGUCGUUUCAACGAUGGGCAGCUGGACACCAUGCAAUAUACUGCCGUGAAUAAGAACGUUUCCAGGACGCUAUACCAGAUUUACCUCGAUGACAACGAUUUCCAGAGGUAUAUACGCGGACUUAUUGAGCUGCGUGAACGUCUUGAAGCACGAGACCUCAACGAGUUUUUGCGAUCGCAGCAGAAGGAUGAUGUUCUGAUGGCCAAGUAUGGCCAGCUGAUAAGUGAUGAAAUAGCAAGGGAAAUAGCACAGAUGAAAGGAUAA